AUGAAAUCUAGACAAUCUGUAUUUUCUAAGUAUGCAACUAGAUUUAACAUUCUUUUCCCACCUCAGUCAUCUAAACAAUUAGAACAAAGAAUGGAACAAAUAACAAAUGGGUCUCUUCUUGAACAACAAAUAUUAGCAUCAAAAAAAGAUGAAAAGAAAGAGGUUUCUGUUCAAGAAGAAAGUUUUUCUGGAAUUCAUGAGGAAGAAAAUAAACCAGAAACUCAAACGAAUUUAUGGGAAGGUUUUGCUUUGAGAAAUGAAAAGUUAUCUGAAAAGGUCUCAGAAGAAAGUAACCCUAUUUUAAGAAAACAACCAAAAAGAACUUCUGUUGUUGAACUUAUUGGUAGUUCAAAACCUGUUGUUCAAGAAAAUACAGAUGGGCACAGACUUACUGUUUUUAUAAACAAAAAAGAUAGUUUUAAUGGUGGAGAUUCAUUUGGAGAUGCUCUCAUCAAUGCACCAAUUUCUGUACCUCCAAAAAUGUCUAUUGGAGAUUCUAAUGAAUUUACUGUUCAAAAAAGAGUUAGGCAAAGUGUUUUUGAAAGGGAAGACAAACCCAAAGAUACUACUAAGACAGUAGAGUUAAAUGUAAAUACUAGUUCUGUUCCUGCAUUUUCAAAUACAUUUGCAGACUUUAAAAUUCCAUCUCAAGGAGAUUUUAAUGGGCUUUCAUCAUUUGGUUCAGAGACAAAUCAAAACCAAUCAAAUCCAUUUGCCUCUGGGACUUUUUCUUUUGGUAGUCUAGGACUUCAAGCUGAACCUCCUAAAGAAAAGAUUGAAAAAGAAGUAGAAGAGCAACCACAACAAGUUACAAAAGAAGAUACACAAAGUGGACCUUUUGAAAAUAAGUAUUAUACUCCACAAAAACGUGAAUUUGUUUCAUUUGAAAAACCAACGAUUCCAACAGAAAAAGAAGUUCCUGCACUUACUGCAAAAUUAGAAGAUGAAAAAGUGGUUGAAGAAAAAAAGAUUGAAGUAACAAAAGAUGGAUUCAAAUUUGAUUUUGGAAAGAACGAAACAGCAAAACCUGAAAAUACAUCAAAUGUAUUUUCUUUCGGAAAUAUUGAUUUUGGAAAAGGGCUCAAUUUUGGUACUUCUUCUAAUGUUGAAAAAACAAGUGAAAAUGAAAAGGGAAAAAAAGGUAACGACAAGUCAACGGAACAAACUAAUACUACUUCUACUCCUUUCACUAAUUUCUCUUUUAAUGGAUUCAAUAGCACUGAUGAAACCAAGAAUAAUGAGAAACCAAAAGAAGACAAUCAACCAAAUAAUAUUUUUGGAGGAUUCUCAUUUAACAGUUUAGGAACUACUGACAAGAAAAAAGAAGAAAAGUCUAAAGAAGAAAACUCUUCAACUUCUAUCUUUGGAAACUUUUCAUUUAAUGGUUUUGGAACCACUGAAAAGAAGCAAGAUGAACCUUCUAAAGAAGAACAAUCUUCAAAAAAUUUAUUUGCCAACUUUUCAUUUGAUGGAUUAAAAGGUAGUGAAAAUAAGGAAGAUAAAAAGGUCAAAGAAAACAAUUAUACAAAUACCAGUUUUGGAGGUUUUGUAUUUACUGGGUUUGGAAACAAUGAAAAACCUAAAGAAGAAACUCAAAAUACUACUAGUCCAUUUAAUAAUAGUUCAAGUACAACCAAUGCAUUUAGUUUUGGAAGUAGUUCUAAUUUAUGA